AUGGCAGGUCCUCUGGCCAAAAGGAAGCUACGUUCUUCCGCACCACAGUCACAACUUAAUGCAAAGCGGCGAUUGCAAAAUGCGUCAGGAUCUCGUACUAGCCUUGGAAGCGGCGGUAACAGUUUGAGAGAGGCUGCAUUGCAAGAACGUGAACUUGAAAGACAAGAAAGAGAAAUGGAACGAAGGAGACGAAAGAAAGACAGAAGGUUGGAUGAAUUAGAGAGAGGUCAAGCCACAACAGCAGGAUGGAAUGAAUCGAGUAAUGCCAACGUUCCAGCUUUAUCUACUUCGGCUGCUGCUAUUGCAGGUCUCUUGGCCGGACAACAAUCUUCACAAAAUGAUGAAAGUUUUGAUGAUUUAACCAUAGAGGGAGGAGGGAGCAACAAUACCACAUCACAAAAGAAGAAGCAAAGCGUAGAGUUGAAGAGAUUAUUGACGCAUAGACGUGGUUUGAAAGCUUUAUUGGAGGAUGCUAUUGCUUCUCCAACAUUUAAAGAGGCGCCUGUGAACUUUAUCACUGCAACUCGGAUCAAAUCUCGUUAUCCUUCACAUCGUGCAACAGCGCCUCUUUUUUACAAUGUACAGCAACCCACGAUGAAACCCGAUGCGAUAGGCCUUUAUGAUGAAGAUGUAGUUUUUUAUUUGUAUCAUUAUGACUCUCGUUUGAUGGCCAACGGGCCUAUUCAAGAUGAGUCACACGCAAACGGUCAAGAUGGUGUAAAUUCAACCUCAACCCAAAGACCAAGUCGAUCACCACUUCGAUUCGCACGAUUUCGUCAAAGCCGUGUAGCAUCUUUAUCCCCUACGCCUACCCUUGUUGGUGGAGGAAGAAGAAACGCAAGCAGAAGUAGAGGUCGUGAUCAAAGUCAAACUCGUGAUCGCGCUUCAAAUAUGUCAAACGGUGAAAUGAGAGGCAACAGUCGUUUAAGAAGUAUAAGUAGUGUUCGUAAUGGCUCACGGGAUUCACAUGGACUAGCAGAUGUACAAGAAGGUGAACCACAAAAUCAAUCACAACCUACACAAAACGGACAAAAGCCAAACAAGGACGAUCAAGAGCAGCAAAAACCCGCACCCUCAUCAGAUCCAGACAAGCCAUACUUUGCUCGGAUUUUACCGUACUUUCUAUCUCACUUUCUUGGCUAUCGAAGACCUAUUGAUCAAAUCAAUCCUCGCUAUCGUGAUGUGAAACCACAUCCAAGUAUCAUUCCGAUCAUUCAUAAAAUUCCAUUAGCAAUCGAAAGCGUGAUUUGGUCAACUUUUGGAGCAUUCAUUGGAAUUGCAAUCGUACUUCUCGUUUUUACACGACCAAAACAUUUUACUUCAUCUUCUAACGUUCCACCGCAUGCAUGGGCAUCUCCUGCUAUCAUUGGUAGUUUUGGAGCUUCAAGUGUUUUGAUUUAUGCCGUUCCUGCAAGUCCAUUAAGUCAACCACGUUGUUUUGUUGGAGGUCAAUUCCUCUCUGCUUUGAUUGCAGUUUGUAUAACAAAGUUAUUCGCGCUUGCAGGUUCACCAACAUACAAUAUCAUGCUCACCGAUCGUUCUACUUCAAUCGUUUGGAUUGCAGGCGCUUUGGCAACCGCACUUUCUAUCACACUAAUGUCAAUCACCGGUACAAUUCAUCCACCCGGUGGUGCAACGGCCGUUUUAUGUGCUACGAAUCCAGAAGUUUCACGUUUGGGUUGGAAAGUUUUACCUGUUGUGCUAUUGUCAUCCAUGCUGAUGUUAACGUGGAAUUUGAUUUGGAUGAACCUUGGCAGAAGGAAAUAUCCAACCAGCUGGAUGGUUGCAGCUCCUGCUACGGUACAAGAUGGCUAUCUACUAAAGGCAGUUGGUGAUUUUCUCGUAAAAAGAUACAAAAAGGAACAAAAUCCGGUCAAAGAUGUGGAAAAAGCCACAUCAUCAUCUCCCAACCAAACAGGAACAGCAAAUUCGUCACAGCCUACUCCUCAACCUCCUUUGAAAUCAUCCAAUCCUUGGCAAGAUGAAGGAAAUUGGCAAGAAAGCUCAAAGCAAAACGGAUCUGCAGAACCCCAAACAUCUACGCAAGAUGAGCGACCUUCUAGAUGGGAUGCAUCCAAAUGA